GGACAGUUUCCGCCUCCACGUGGAGCAUUCGAGCGAAAAUGCCAAUUCUGACGUUCAUCGCGCGCGUGUCCGAUGGGAUGCUCCUGGUUGCGUCCAUGGAGUCCGCGGGAGAUUACAACGACAACCUGGACACGUACAAGCAACAGGGCAAGCAAAUCAUGAAGAAACUCAACCAACGCUCGCCUGGCAAAUGCAGCAUUGAUUCUGGCGCGUAUGCUUUUCACUACCUCAUUGAAGAUGGCGUGUGCUACCUGACGCUCUCUGACAAGAACUACCCAAAGCGUUUGGUGUUCCUGUAUUUGGAGGAUAUUCACGCUGGUUUCAUCGACGAACUCCGUCGCGACCAUGGAGACAACUGGCGCGAUACCGUCACGACCGUCGCGCGGCCGUACGCGUUCAUCAAAUUCGACAAGUACAUUCAGAAGAAGCGGAAGGAGUACACGGACCCCAGCUCGUCCCAAAACAUGUCGAAGCUCAACAACGAUCUGGCAGACAUCCACAACGUCAUGCGCCAGAACAUCCAGGAAGUGCUCAAUCGUGGCGAAGCUAUCGACCGGGUGUCCCAGAUAUCGUCCAACAUUGCGGAUCGGUCGAAGGAGUUCAAGUGGGGCGCCAAGAAGCUCAGUUUGCAGGCCAUGUACCAAAAGUAUGGGCCGCUUGUCGCGAUCGCGCUCUUUGUCGUGCUCGUGAUAUACUUCAAGUUCUUUUAAACGACACCAACAUGCCCAAGCAAUAAUCGAGCGAUGUGCCAACUCUUCACUGUCGCCAGUUUCCAGGGGACGAUGUC